GACUAAACAACUGCGUUUGUCAACAUGUACACCCAAUUUUUGCCAGUGUUGGUCACUUUCGUGCUGCUCGGAACCGUUGCGUCUGCACCACCGUCCACGGCGGACAUCAUAUUUCCGGAGGUGGACGAUCUAGCGAUUGGUGAUCCGUGUACGAUUGCGCCUUCGCCAGAUCCGGCUGGGAUACAGUUCGCCAGGCAGGGAAUCUGCCGGCGGGUGCGCGACUGCCCAACGUUCGUUCCACGCAUCAUUCUGGAACCGUUCGAUGUACGGCGCGAUAUUUGUUAUUUCGAGGUGUACGAUCCAGUUGUGUGCUGUGUUGAUGUGCCCACUUCCGCAGAACUUAUGCCACCGAACACCAACAAACAGCUGUCCUUGGAUGACCUAGACUACACUAAUUUAAUUCAUUAG